GUUCCGUAGGAUGAUGUCUCGUGAACGUGUAAAGUGAAGUGUGACUGUGUGAAGCAACCAACCAAAACUUCGCUGAGAGACACAGUAGAAGGAAGAGCGGUUGAAAGUUGAAACCUCUAAAACCCUAUUAUUACACACAAACAAACACGCAGAGAAACUCAGUGCUAGGGUUUUACUACGAGAAAUGGAUGAAGUCGGUGUUAUACUGCAAGCCACUCUCAGUCCCAAUCCCGAUGAACGCAAAGCUGCUGAACUAAGGUUGGAUCAGAUCCAGUACGCCCCUCACCAUCUCCCCACUCUGUUACAGAUCAUCGUUCACGCCAACUCUGACAUUGCCGUCAGACAAGUUGCCGCUAUUCACUUCAAAAACUUCAUUGCUAAGAAUUGGUCUCCUCCUUCUCCUUCCGAUUCUCACCACACUAUCUCUAUCGCCGAUAAAGACCUCGUCAGGAAUCACAUUCUCCUUUUUCUACCUCAACUUCCUUCUCUUCUGAGAGUUCAACUUGGCGAGUGCCUCAAGACAAUUCUUCAUUCCGACUAUCCCGAACAAUGUCCCAAUCUUCUUGAUUGGAUCAAGCAUAAUUUACAGGAUCAACAACAAGUUUACUCCGCCUUAUUUGUUCUCCGCAUUCUUUCUAUUAAAUAUGAGUUCAAAUCAGAUGACGAGAGGACUCCGGCUUAUCACAUUGUUGAAGAGACGUUUCCUCACCUUCUCAAUAUUUUCAACACCCUUGUCCAGAUUGCUAAUCCAUCCAUUGAAGUAGCUGAUCUCAUCAAGCUUAUCUGUAAAAUAUUCUGGUCCUCCAUAUAUUUGGAGCUUCCAAAGCUUUUGUUUGAUCAAAAUGUAUUCAAUGCUUGGAUGGUGCUGUUUUUAAAUGUAUUGGAGAGGCCUGUUCCCUCGGAAGGUCAGCCUGUUGAUCCCGAUCUUCGUAAAUCAUGGGGCUGGUGGAAAGUAAAAAAAUGGACAAUUCACAUUCUAAAUAGGCUAUACACUCGUUUUGGCGACUUGAAGCCGCGAAACCCUGAAAACAAGGCCUUUGCUCAGAUGUUUCACAAGCAUUAUGCAGGGAAGAUUUUGGAUUGCCACUUAAAUCUGUUGAAUGUCAUUCGAGUAGGUGGUUAUUUACCUGACCGAGUCAUCAACCUGGUUCUUCAAUAUCUAACCAACAGUGUUUCAAAGAAAAGCAUGUAUACUGUGAUGCAGCCUCGGCUUGAUGUUCUUCUUUUUGAAAUUGUUUUUCCUCUUAUGUGCUUUAAUGAUAAUGAUCAAAAGCUUUGGGACGAAGAUCCUCAUGAAUAUGUUAGGAAAGGCUAUGACAUUAUUGAAGACUUGUAUAGUCCUAAGACUGCCUCUGUGGAUUUUGUGAGUGAGCUGCUUCGAAAACGCAGGGAAGAUAAUUUUCAUAAAUUUGUGCAAUUCAUAGUUGAAAUUUUGAAAAGGUAUGAUGAAGCACCAGUAGAAUACAAGUCUUAUAGACAGAAAGAUGGCGCUCUUCUUGCUAUUGGGACACUUUGUGACAAAUUGAAACAAACCGAGCCCUAUAAAUCUGAACUUGAGCGUAUGUUAGUGCAACAUGUAUUUCCUGAGUUCGGCAGCCCCGUUGGUCAUCUUAGGGCCAAGGCAGCAUGGGUUGCAGGACAAUAUGCCCACAUUAGCUUCUCGGAUCAGAACAAUUUCCGAAAGGCAAUGCAGUGUGUUGUAUGUGGAAUGCGAGAUCCUGAACUUCCUGUUCGCAUUGAUUCUGUUUUUGCUCUGCGUUCUUUCAUUGAAGCUUGCGAAGAUUUAGAUGAAAUUCGUCCUCUUCUCCCUCCACUCCUUGAUGAGUUCUUCAAACUUAUGAAUGAAGUUGAGAAUGAGGACCUCGUGUUUACUUUGGAGACUAUUGUGGACAAGUUUGGGGAAGAAAUGGCUCCUUAUGCGCUUGGAUUAUGCCAAAAUUUGGCAGCUGCAUUUUGGAGGUGUAUGAACUCUGCCGAUGCUGAUGAUGAAGAUGAUGAUCCAAGUUCUCUGGCUGCAGUUGGUUGCUUGCGUGCCAUUAGCACAAUACUUGAAUCAGUGAGCAGUCUUCCCCAAAUUUUUGUUCAAAUCGAGCCUACUUUGCUUCCCAUAAUGCGUAGCAUGUUAACGACCGAUGGUCAAGAGGUUUUUGAAGAAAUUUUGGAAAUUGCAUCAUAUAUGACUUUUUUCUCUCCAACAAUAUCAUUGGACUUAUGGAGUCUUUGGCCAAUAAUAAUGGAAGCACUAGCAGACUGGGCAAUUGAUUUUUUUCCAAAUAUAAUGGUUCCUCUGGACAAUUACAUUUCAAGGGGAACUGUUCAUUUCGUUACUUGCAAAGAACCUGACUAUCAACAGAGUUUGUGGAAUAUGAUUUCAUCUCUUAUGGCAGAUAAAAAUAUGGAGGAUAGUGAUAUUGAGCCAGCCCCAAAGCUUAUUGAAGCUGUCUUCCUAAACUGCAGAGGACUGGUGGACCACUGGGUUGAGCCGUAUCUCAGAAUUACAGUUGAACGCUUGCAUCGAACUGGAAAAUCAAAUUUAAAAUGUCUUCUCAUGCAAGUGAUUGCAGAUGGUCUAUACUACAAUGCUGCAUUGACUCUCAGCAUAUUGCAAAAGUUAGGUGUUGCAUCAGAAAUCUUCAAUCUUUGGUUUCAUAUGCUACAAGAAGUCAAGAAGAGUGGUGCACAUGCUAAUUUUAAAAGGGAACAUGGUAAGAAAGUCUGCUGCCUUGGUUUAACAUCCUUGCUGGUGCUUCCAGCUGAUCAAUUGCCAGGAGAGGCUUUAGGCCGGGUAUUCCGUGCCACUCUUGAUCUUCUGGUUGCAUACAAAGAUCAAGUUGCAGAAGCUGCAAAAGAGGAGGAGGAAGAAGAAGAAGAAGUUGAUGAUAUGGAUGGCUUUCAAACUGAUGAUGAAGUUGAGGACGACAGUGGUUCUGACGGGGAAAUGGGAGCUGAUGCUGAAGAUGGAGAUGAAGCUGCCAGUAGUAAUCUUAGAAAGUUGGCUGAUCAGGCAAAGUCAUUCAGGCCCAGUGACGAUGACUCGGAGGAUGACUUCAGUGAUGACGAAGAUUUGCAAUCCCCAAUUGAUGAGGUGGAUCCUUUUAUUUUCUUUGUGGAUACAAUGAAAGUGAUGCAAUCGUCCGAUCCAAUAAAGUUUCAGAACUUGACCCAGACACUUGAGUUCUCUUAUCAAGCUCUUGCAAGUGGUGUUGCCCAGCAUGCCGAGAUGAGAAGAGGUGAAAUUGAGAAGGAAAAAUCAGAGAAGUCGUCAGCUAUCGCAGAUUCUUAAGCUUUUGGAUGUACAUGAGGUUCUUGUUUAGCUGUUGUGCUAUCAGGCAUUUUCUCUUGCAUCGAUACUUUGUAAGAGAUGCAUAGGGUUAUAUAUUUGAAGCAUUUAUUGGCUCAGUGUUCCUAGUUGGUCCAUGAGUCAAGAGUUUGCAGUUUUGAAAUGCCUGAGAGUUUAGUACAUUGAAGUUCCCAUUUAUUGGCUCAAGGAACUGGAGUUUAGUGCUUCUGGCCAUCCUUCGGAUGAAAGGAUCAAUUCUUGCCGUUUUUGCUCUAAUUCCUUUUCACUUUUUUAUGGAUCCUUCAUUUCCAGUCUCCGUGUCAAGGUUCCCUGUUUCCAGCAUAUGGAAGUCCUUGUCCGAUUAGUGUAGUAGUGGCUUCAUGUCAAGUUCUGUGAUGUCCUGUCACAUAGACAGGUAAACCGAGGAGGUAUGCGGUUUGGCGCAUUGCCAGGUUUUGUUGAGAUGAUUUUGGAAUUAGUUUUUUGUAUUUUUGACAAUUUUUUGGUUAUAAUAGUUAAGUUGAGAUUCUAAAUCCACCGCUUAUUGAUUAAGGCUGUGCAUUUACCUUUACAAGCGUUGCUUGCUUACUGCAUAUAUUGUGUAACAAUUAUACUCAUUAAGGUUUAAAUAUGUUUUUGUUAA